AUGGACUCGGACAUCCCAGAAAACUUCCAGAAAGAACUCACGUGUGCCAUCUGCCUGAAUUACUUUACAGACCCAGUCACUGUGGGCUGUGGGCACAGCUUCUGUUGUUCCUGUCUCUAUGUAUCCUGGGAUAAAGAAGAAAGCCGUCCCUGUUGUCCUGUGUGCAGGGAACCAUCGGAGCAGAACAAUUUCAAAACCAAUGUUAUCCUGAAAAAUCUGGCGUCCAUGGCCAGAAAAGCCAGUUUGCAGCAAUUCCUGAGCUCUGAGGAUAACAGAUGCGGGCUGCACCAGGAGACAAGGCAGAUCUUCUGUGAAGACGACAGGAGCCUGCUCUGUUUGCACUGCUCCAGCUCUCAGGAACACGAGGCCCACAGACACUGCUCCGUGGGAGAGGCUGCUGAGGAACUCAGGGCUUAUCUCUACGGACGCCAAGAUGAAACCAGGGCUUUUUAUGAGGCACUCCAACUGGUUCUACAAGAAGAAGACAAAAAAAAUUUAGAGAGACUUAUUGAGGAAGGGUCAAAGUUGUCUGAGCAACUGAAGAAAUAUCAAGCUGAAAUGAUUGAAAAGAGCAUAAACCUAAGAGCAAUGUAUGAUGAGCUCAUGGGCAUGUGUCUGAAACCAGAUGAAGAGAUGCUCAAGGAACUAGAAGACAAACUAAGAAGGUGA